CAGCAGAGCCGUCCUAUCUGUUUCAUGAGCACUGUGAAGCUCCUUUAGCCCCAUUAGAUGCUUGUAUUUAUCAGACACUCUUCAUUCCGAAAAGGUGCACUGUAGAAAAUGGAAUCACCCCCCAAAAGUUGUGGCCAUGUUGAUAAAAACCUUGAGGUCAUGAAGGCGGGAAUGUUUUUACGCAAAGUGAAGUCUCGUAUGUGGAAGCGUCAGCGUCACUACAAACUUCAGGAGGACUGCAAGACAAUCGCAUAUAAGUCCAGCUGGGCAAUACACUCGUAUUCUACCUUCUCCAUCGGUAAUGUAGAGGCUGUUCGUGAGGGGCAUCAGUCAGAGACUCUCCUCAGUGUGGCAGAAGAGUUUCCUGCUGACCACUGCUUCACUCUGGUGUUCCGCGGCCGCCAAGGAAACAUGGACCUGGUGGCUGACUCAGCGGAGGAAGCUCAGGCCUGGAUUCAGGGCAUCAGAGCCCUCUUGGAGAACAUGGAAAACCUGGAUGAGAGCACAAAACUUGACCAAUGGAUCUCGGACUGGUUUUUGAAAGCAGACAAAAACAAAGAUGGCAGAAUAAACUUUAAGGAAGCAAAAACACUGCUGAAAAUGAUGAAUGUGGAUAUGAAUGAAGAACAUGCAAGCUGUCUUUUCAAGAAGGCAGAUCAAUCUCAGUCAGGAACACUGGAGGAUGAGGAGUUUGUGGAGUUCUACAAGAUGCUCACCCAGAGAAAUGAGGUGCUGGAGUUGUUCCAGGAGUAUUCCAGUGAUGGACAGAGCCUCUCUCAGUGUGAUCUGGAGGAGUUCCUGAGAGAGGAGCAGCUGGAGGGGGAGGGCAGUUAUGAGCAUGCUCUGCAGCUCAUUGAAUGUUAUGAACCUUCAGACACUGCCAGAAAUAAUCACUCCAUGUCAAUCGAUGGAUUCCUAAUGUACCUGACAUCUCCUGAGGGCUCCAUCUUCAAUCCAGACCGAAAGGGUCUCUUUCAGGACAUGAACCAACCUCUUACCCAAUAUUACAUCUCCUCUUCCCACAACACUUACCUGAUGGAGGAUCAGCUGAAAGGGCCAAGCAGUGUUGAGGCCUACAUCCAGGCAUUGAAACGAGGCUGCAAGUGUGUAGAGGUGGACUGCUGGAAUGGAGCAAAUGGAGAGCCAGUAGUUUACCAUGGACACACUCUAACAUCAAAGAUACUCCUCAAAGACGUAAUUUCUACUGUUGCACAGUAUGCUUUUAAGGUGUCUGAAUAUCCACUCAUUGUGUCCAUUGAAAACCACUGUAGCAUAGAGCAACAGGAAGUCAUGGCUCGGCAUUUCAGAGAAAUCCUGGGCGAUAUGCUGCUGAUAAGCACAGCGGAUGACAGAACCUCCAAUGAACUGCCAUCCCCACAGGCACUUCAGAGGAAAAUCCUGCUAAAAGGCAAGACGAUUGAAAACGAGUCAGAGAGCCUCACAGGUGAGGUCAGCGAUGAGGAUGAGGCAGCAGAAAUGAACAAGGGCAGUCUGUCUUCGGAGAGCCCACCAAAAGAUGGCAAGAUAUUGAAGCAAAAACUAUGCAAGGAGCUCUCAGAUCUUGUGUUCAGUAAGAGCGUACAUUUCCACAGCUUUGAGCAUUCCCGGACCUCUGCCAAACCUUAUGAAAUGUCAUCUCUCUCUGAGUCUAAAACCCGUAAAUAUUCAAAGGAAGCAGGCCCAGAUUUUGUGCUGCAUAACACCAGGCAGUUGACCCGAAUAUAUCCAAGUGGAAUGAGGACAGACUCAUCAAAUUACUGUCCACAAGAUAUGUGGAACAUAGGGUGCCAAAUUGUGGCAUUGAACUUCCAGACAGCAGGGAUGGAAAUGGAUCUUAAUGAUGGGCUAUUUAGUCAGAAUGGCCACUGUGGCUAUGUUCUAAAACCUGAGAUCCUACGCAACAGGGAGAGACUAUUUGAUCCUGAUAAACCACAAGAACGGGAGGGCUAUAAUCCUCUACACUUCUCUGUUAAGGUUAUUAGUGGCCAACAGCUCCCUAAAUUAAAUAAAAAAGAAUGGUCCAUUGUAGACCCCUUUGUAAGGGUGGAAAUUUAUGGCGUUUCCCUGGAUCAAGCCAAACAGGAGACCAAGUACAUUGAAAACAAUGGAUUCAACCCAUGUUGGAAUGAAACCUUACAGUUUACAAUCCACACUCCUGAGCUGGCACUGGUGCGUUUUGUAGUUGAAGACUAUGAUUUAGCGUCUAGAAAUGACUUCAUAGGACAGUACACUCUACCUUUCACCUGUAUUGAACCAGGGUAUCGUCAUGUGCAUCUGUUGUCCAAAGAUGGAAUAAGUAUUUGUCCAGCCUCCCUCUAUGUUCAGAUUAAAAUCACAGAGCUGUGAUACGACAAUUCCAGGAGAUUUACUUACAAACCUGUAGCAUGUGAAACCUGUCCUGAA